AUAGUCGAAUCGAUUCUUCGUCUACGUACUAAGCUUCUCACUAUGCUAUUAUCUUAUUUAAAAGUCACUAAACUCUUUUAGCCUAGGAAGGCACUCUAAAGAAUAUCCCACUAGCAGCGGCUAGCUACGGCCUUGAGAAUAGUAGGCACAUACGGCACGUACGGCCAGAGAAUAGUACCAGAAAGCGCGAAGUGGUCCCAGUAAGUGGAUUGGUAUCCAUCGUCCGGUAAGAGGGAAAAGAAGGCUUGUCGAAUGGUAAAGGGUAUCCUGCAAGCUCGAAAAUGGCCAGUUGCUAGCUUGAACGAUGUCCGUGAGUUCUUUGGCCUGAAAAGAUAUGAGAAGAUGGAAGAAGUCAAUUCCGAUCCCGAGAUCGCUGACCUUCUCCGCAAACUCUAUCAUGAUCCUGACAUGAUCGAGUUGUACCCCGGGCUACUUGUCGAGGAUCCCAAGCCAGCUAUGAGCCCUGGUCACGGAGCAUGCUUGAACUUCACCUUGGGGAGAGCUGUUCUCUCAGAUGCUAUCACCCUUGUGAGAUCUGAUCGAUUUAGCACAAUCGAUUAUACACCAGCAACAUUGACAAACUGGGGAUUCGAUGAGAUCAGAGCCGACCCAAAGACAUUGGGUGGAUCAAUGUUUUACAAAUUGAUUCAGCGAGUGCCUGGCUGGUUUCAGUUCAACUCGAUCCAUGUCAUGCAACCAUUCUAUACCAAGAACACCAACGAGAAGAUUGCGAAAGACCUCGGGACACUACCCCUUUACACAACAGCUGAUCCAGCGCCUCCUUCCGCACCGAUUCCCGUGACUAAGAACACGACAGUACGCAGCAUCUUCAAAGAUCCGGCUCACUUUGCGGAGACAGUCGGAUUUAUCUUGGCUGGCCUGUUCCCCAUUGAGAAAAGAGACUUCUCUGCAUACAUGCUUGCUGGCGAUUCUGCUUUGCAGACUGCCCAACGUAAUCUUGUGGGAGAUAUCCUUUAUGGCUCCGACGAAUUAAAGACGACCCUGACCUCUUUCUUGACUACGUAUGGCAGUGAAUGCCUAAUUGGUGAAACACUCAGCAUGGCCAACAAUCUGGAUCAAAUUGAUAUCAUGAGAGACUUAGUCCAAACUCUCAGUCCAAACUCUCUCUCCACUCACGUGGUCAAGACUGACUUUGCGUGCCAUAGUUUCGCAAUCCCAGUGAGCACUCGCCUGAUCGCUGAUCUCUGGAAUCUCGACAUGCAGACUCCAGAAAAUCCAGAUGGCGCCAUAAGUAUGAUUGAUAUCCGUACAGCCCUGACAAAUCUUCGAGCUGGACUCUUUGCUUCUGCUGACACCGCCACGAUUUGGAACCACCGACGACUUGCUCAAGAGGGCGCCACCCUCCUCACAGAGACAACAGAUAUUCAAGUGAACAAUGUGCUGAGAGACAACUACCACGUUGGGUGGACUGAGAGCCUCGUCCGACCUUUCUCAGGGGAAGUCUCAGACCUCUGCUGGAUAAAUGCCGUUGGUGCGAUUUCCGUCACCGAGGGAGCGUUCGGCGAAAUCCUUCACUUCUUCUUGCAACCAGAAAAUGCGCAGUACUGGGCAAAUGCGCAGGACCUUGCUGCUGCAAAGAAUCCCGAGUCCGACAAGACGAUCCGAGAAUAUGUUCUUGAAGCUCAGAGACUGACUACCUCAUUUUCGCUUCCACGAGCCUGUAUCGCAGAUGUCACCAUUGAUGGGCAAUGUUUCAAGAGAGGAGAUACUCUGCUCUUACUGUUGGGACCAGCAAGCAGAGAUGCAGACUUUGUUCCAGAGCCAAUGGCAUUCAAGCCUGGGCGUCCCAAAGAAGCUUAUGCCCAGUUUGGCUGGGGAGCACAUGAGUGCCUCGGUCGUGAAAUUGCCAUCAUGUUCUGCGUUGAGUUGAUUAAGCUUGUCGCAGGUCUCAAAAACCUUCGUCCCGCACCGGGUGAUAUGGGAGAGUUCAAGAGUAUCGUUGUCGGCCAACAAAAGAAUUGCCUCAGUGAGGACUGGUCCAAGCUGACUCUGGAUCCUACAAAUGACUUGGAAAUUGCACUUUGAGGGUCGUGGUAAGGGAAUCUACCAGACUGGAGAG